AUGGCUGAUCCUGACGCGCCCGCCCACAAGAGGCUCCCACCGGAACCCGUCGACGUCAAGCCUCAGCUCAACAUGGAGCAUGGCAGUCAUCCGACGCCUUGGUCGGUGAACCAGGACCACCGUUCCAAUGGCAGCGUCUCCAGCGGAUACAAUCCGACCAUCAGCCCUCCUCAUCCAAACGAUGUAGCUUACCAUGCGCCACCCCCGCCUGGCCAGCCUUACGGCCAGCCUGCCCCCUAUGGAGCCCCAAGUCCUUACCUAGGCCAGUAUUCAGCACAGCAGGCCCAAGUACGGAGAAAACAGGUCCGAGCCACCCAGGCAUGCAACCACUGUCGUGCGCGCAAGCAGAAAGAGAACAACUUUGAUUGCCAGUACAAAGAUGUUCCCCCACCAAACAUGACCGACGUCUUGACCAACUUCAUUGGAGAGUUUGGUGCGUGGCGACAGGAUGUUGAGAGCAGACUUCCACCCCGCCGAGCCUUCGAGAACACCUCGAACAUGGCUUCGCCCGACAACACAGUUCCUGCUCCACCAAGGGAUCAGAGCACGUCGAGAAUGCCAACUCCAGCGCAAGGCAGAAAUCAGUCACUUCGAGUUAACGGCAUGAAGAUGGAGUCACCUAUGGUUCCUUACAUGUCGCCGGGACAUGCGCAAGCUUCAACUCCAAUCAAGCAAGAAGCCCUUCUCCUUGGAUCUCAACAGCCGGCAACGCCAGCUGACAGUGUGAGGACGGAUAUGAGCCGUACCACGGAUGCCGGAUUACAAGACAAAGCUGGCCUUCAGAGUGACCACACAACGCCUGCGCAUAAGCUACUCGAGGAUUGGUCUGCCAUGCAAGACUGGUACAAGUUGUCAGACUACCUAAUUACCCAAUGCAACUGGAACAAGAGAGAGGGCUUCUACGUCCGUGGGGUUACGGAGAAGGACGAGACCUUAACGAUGGAGCCCAGGAGCAUCCCGGAGGACUGGGACCGGAUGGGCGCCCUGAAUUUCCGUGUGGCCACCAUGGACAAGCUACUCGAGUCCUAUGAAAGAAACAUGCACAAUCUGCACCCGUUUUUCAAUCGCAGCAAACUCCAAAAAAUGUUCAGAGAGUUCAAAGAACAGUACAGUCCUGACUUCAAGGGUCCAAACAUUGCGUCUCCAGCCACGCAUCAAGUCAGCCUUGGCAUGAAGAGAAAGAGAUCUAGCAGCGCCAUCCACGAGCAAUACCCUAAAGCGGCAAUCGAGCGCUCGUUGCGCAACGCAAUAGUUCUUCUGGUACUUGCACUUGGAAAAGUGUGUUCGUACAAGACCAAAGACAAACCUCUACCGAGCCCUGAGAGCGACAAGACUCAUACGAAGAAUGCAUGGGGGGAUGGUAGCUUUCACAGCGAUACCGACGACCCACGCCCUAGAAAUAUUGAUCUGAUGCCGGGUAUGGCUUAUUAUUCAUACGCCACGGACAUUCUUGGAAACCACCACGGCGGACUAACUAUUGCGCACGCGCAAGCCUUCAUUCUGGCAGCUUUGUACAUCAGCCAAUUCGCGAGAGUGUUGGAAAGCUGGAGCUGGAUAAACAGCGCCUGCAGGAUCACGAUUGUCUUGCUUAAAGCUGACCUUAACAAGCUCCGUCGCGAAUGGUACCUUAGUGGAGAAGCCAACAAGGUAUUGACGCCCAAGGAACGUUACAAGCUCGACCUGGUGCUAUUCGUGUACUGGACUUGCCUACAACUUGAAUCUCAGAUCUAUCUACGUGUCAUCAUGAACGAAGCACACAACCAGCUCUACGGAAGCAAGAGCAGGAGCUUUGACGAGAACGAUCCCAAGGCUGUUGCUGUUCAUGUGAAUUAUCACAUGGAAGUGCUUCGCAGCUGGAAAUCGAUGCUGCUCGGCCAACUGCAAUGGAACGACACCGACCCUCCUUCAACCGAUCGAAACCAUGCUCGACUGCGCGCCAAAUAUUACGGAGGUCUUUAUAUGAUGCUACGCCCCUACUUGCGCCUUGCAGUCUUGACCGAGUGGCCUCCCUCACAUCAGCGUCAACCUCACACCUGGACUCAUCAAAGCUCGCCAGCUGUCAAUGGAGGUAUGGACAGGGCCGCGCCAAUCGUCGAUUUAACUCCGGAUCAAAAAGAAAUGAUUAAGCUUGCAUGCAUCUGUAUCGAGGCCGCGAUUCGAAGUACCAUAGCCUUCGACCGCAUCGGUGCGCCAGAAGGCAGUCGCUAUGAAGACUACAAGAGUACACGUACAGAACGCCUGGUCCUAACUAAUAUUUUUGGUACCAUGCAUGCCCAAUUCGGAAACAUGCUUGUUCUUGCAGCUGUCUACAGAUCAAGCAUUUAUCAGCAUCUGCCCGCCAACACCCCGUUGACACCUCGCGCUCUCGAUGCGCUGUUUGCACGUACCAUCGAAGCACUCAGCGAAACUGCGCCAAAUUCUCCGAUCCUCAAGGUCGACCUCGAUGUUCUCAUAAACUUACGCGAGAAGCUCGAGUUACCGAAAUUUUAA